AUGGGCACCGUCGGAUGCCAAGCUCAGCCAAAGGACGAAGAGACGAACAAGCUGCAGUAUCUUCGAGAGUUCCCAUGGUUUGCUAACGAAAGCUGUGACCAGGUGAAAAACUCGCUGCCCGUCGUGGAUUGCCCAAAUAGCGUCUGCAUCAAGGCUGUGAUCACGGAACCACCAGCAAAAAGAGACGUAAAACUGAGUGAAGACGAUGAUGCAAAUCGGAUACUGGGAACGAUCUAUAUUUGUCGAGGAUUCCUCUGCAAUGCCUCUUCUCCAUCAGUGCAAAUCACUCAACUACUUGCCUUACCUUUGCUGUUGGUGCUUCUCGGUACCGUAGCGCUUCAAAAUGUUGCACUUUUAUGA